AUGGACGUAUUAGCUGACAGUGAAACUGUGACGGACCAGUCUCGAAGAUACUUCACAGCAAACAGACGAGAUGACUCCGAUACUCUCCUUAAGGCUGCUUCUGCUGUCUGCCGUUGCACUCAGCGUGACGUCACACCCAAAUAUCCGUAUUCGAGCUUGUGGACACCAUUUAGUGGAUAUCGCGCGGCGGAGGUGGCAGCCUGGCGUGGCUACGAAGCGGACGUCUCCAGACCCGGGCGCCAGCGGCGGAGCCUCGUGGAUGAGUGCUGCUUUAAGAGCUGCGACCGCAGAGUCGUGGUGGCCUACUGCAGAUAGAGGCAUCCCCUCCCCACUUUGUCGCUGCACCAGGCCCGUCUAGGGGGAAAUAAUCUCGUCGAGCCCCCUCCCCAUUAUUUAACGUACAAGUUAUCAAACCCUACGAUUUAAAAAAAAAAAUCCGGGUACUGUAAACGAUAUUGUGGACAUAACUGUAAACGUGACCAACACGUAUUGCAUUACUUGUAAGUAGUGAUGGGUCGAAUGCUAGUUUUCUCUAAUACAAAUCUCGAACUGGAUUAAUGUAGGUCUCAAGAGUUAAAAAUAAAAUAUUAUUAUCAACUGUGUUUUUGUAAUAGUGAACACUUUAAAUAAUGUUUGUUUCACAAACAUAGUUUGUAGAAUAUAUAUACACUAUGUAUAUAGUGUUUAUAUUUGUAUAUAUUUACAUGUUAAAACUACAAUAUCUUGGUGAGUGUUAAAAGGAUAUGCAUGAAGAAAAUAAAUUGAAUCAGUAAACUUCA